UAUGGAAUCGAAUAUUCUAUGGGAAUUCAAUAUUACACCCAUUCUUCCUCCUUCCCCCGAACCACCAUUACAUUCAGACACUUCUACACAAUCCUCCUCCCUCGCCUGGCAGUCAACUGUUAGUACAAGAAGUUUGGGCGCAUAUUCACUAGAGCUACAUCUAAUCCCAAUCCACGCCCACCUAAGUUAAGCUUAGAUUCUCCGAAUAUAUUGUCGGUCGGACUCUUUUCUUAUCUUAGUACUAAUCAUGCGCCGUCAGUUUAUUUCUUCGCGCGGAAACGAGUAUUUCUGCGAGAUCGACGAGGACUACCUCACUGACCGCUUCAACCUAACCGGACUCAAUACCGAAGUUCAGUACUAUCAAUAUGCCCUCGAUCUUAUCACGGACGUGUUCGAUCUCGACUGCGACGAUGACAUGAGGGAGACUAUUGAGAAAUCAGCCCGUCAUCUGUAUGGUUUGAUACAUGCCCGUUACAUUGUAACUACUCGCGGCCUUGCAAAGAUGCUCGACAAAUACAAGAAAGCCGAUUUCGGUAAAUGUCCGCGAGUUUUCUGCCAUUCACACCCCCUCCUACCGAUGGGCCAGACCGAUGUCCCCCACCAAAAGCCUGUGAAGCUUUAUUGCGUUCGAUGCGAAGAUGUUUACAACCCGAAGUCCUCACGACACGCUGCUAUUGACGGCGCGUAUUUUGGCACAUCAUUCCACAACAUCAUGUUCCAGGUCUACCCAGCGUUAGUUCCCCCCAAGACCGCCGAACGAUACAUACCCCGCGUCUACGGCUUCAAGGUACACGCCUCGGCCGCGUUGAUCCGUUGGCAAAACACCCAGCGAGCAGAUAUGCUCCGAAGGUUACGGAAGCUGGAGAUAGAGAGCGGUUUUAAUGAAGACGUGGGCGAUGAGGAUCUUGAAGAGGAGGAGGAGGAGGAGGAGGAUAUAGAAGUCGAAGGGAUGGAAGGCGAUGCUAUGCACGUUGUUGGUUAGGCUAUGGUUCUGACCGGAUCGUUUUAUCUGAGCGUAACCUAAGCCGUAACCUAAGCUAUCGACAGGCAAUGCGAGAGCGUAUGGCGCAUCGGAGUUAUCCGUAUAAAAGUCACAACCUUAAGGGAACCCUUUCCGAUGCCUACGACCAAAUCAAAGCACGAAAUCCUUCUGCUUGUGUAGUACGAUGUCUUGUCCCAUGCCUUCGACGA